AGAGGGUUAAGUUACACCAGUGGAAGAGAAGGAAAGGCUGAGGUGUUGAUCUCACUGGGAAGUCGCCUGUGCCGAGCAGUGCCCCGGGUAUCCCACUCUCUCUCUGAACGUUUACAAGUCAUCCGUUCAGGACGGGGACUGGGAAACACCGCAGAGGACCGUGAGACCCCAGGAAUUCAGGGUCCCUGACUGUGUACCAAUCAGCAGCGCUAGAGAAGGCCUCUGGAUCCAAAUUUCAAGUCCAACGGAGGCUUCAUCAGUCUGUGCCCAAACUUGUGUGAAGCAAACGAGAGAAACAGCAAGAGAGAGACUGAAAGAGAGGAAGAGAAGGAGGAGGGAGGGCUCUCCAAUGAUAACCCUGAGUGUACGUUACACGGCUCUCUGGUAGCCACCAUUUUAAAUUGGCCCUCACAGUGCUCCGCAGCGGCUGACUGAGAGUGAAAAUGUGAUGAGCUUUUCUGUCGUCCCCAUAGCGAGCGAGCGUGGAUGGAGGCCGGCGAAGGAAGCGCAUUGCUUAAUGAGACCAUUGCUCUUGUGUUGGGAGGCUUAGGACAGGCAAUUACUGAGGGAUUACCACCAGAGGCCUCCUCCAGCAGUGCUGCUGCCGCCGCUCCACCAGUGCUGACUGCUGGGGCAGGGAACUAAGCAGACACAGCUUGUUACAGAACAUUUUUUUCCUCUUUGGAUUUUUAUUGUUUUUGUUCCUUUUUUUGUUGUGGUGGUUGUUGGUUGGAAUUUGUCAUUUUUCUCACGACAAAUCAUCUGUAUGUCAUAUUGUUAAUAAUGGAGCUCCAUCAGUCAGGGCGUGUGUGGAAUAAGGACUGGGUCUCUUUCCUCAGGCCGUGGAUACCCAUACUGCUGGGCCUGCACAUGCAGUUCUCCCGGGCGUCCGGGUCCAGCUGCCCAGAGGAGUGCCGUUGUGACAGGACCUUUGUUUACUGCAAUGAGAGAAGCCUGACCUCGGUGCCUCUAGGGAUCGGAGAGGGCUACAAGACCCUCUACCUCCACAACAACCAGAUAAACAAUGCCGGCUUCCCCUUGGAGUUUCACCACAUAGCCUCCGUGGAGAAUGUCUAUCUCUACGGCAACCAGCUUGACGAGUUCCCCAUCAACCUGCCCAAGAAUGUUCGGGUGCUGCACCUGCAGGAGAACAAUAUCCAGACCAUUUCCCGGACCGCACUGGCCCAGCUGCUGUGGCUGGAAGAGCUACAUCUGGACGAUAACUCCAUCUCCACGGUUGGGGUGGAAGAAGGGGCGUUCAGAGAGGCAAUCAGCCUCAAGAUGCUCUUCCUUACAAAGAAUCACCUGAGCAGCGUCCCUAUUGGUCUACCAGAAGAUCUCAAAGAGCUGCGAUUGGACGAGAACCGGAUCGCGGUUAUCGCAGAGGAGGCGUUCAGGAAUGUGACGAGGUUAGAACGCCUCCUGCUGGAUGGGAACCUGCUGACAGACGAGGGUGUGGCACCUGGAACAUUCCAGGACCUGGUAAUGCUCCGGGAGCUGUCUCUGGCGCGGAACUCCCUCACCUACCCACCCCCACUGCUCCCGGGGGACGUUCUGGUGAAGCUGAACUUUCAGGAUAAUCAGAUGAAUGAGAUCCCUGUGACGUCUUUCGAGGGACUGAGAAGGCUAGAGAGACUGGAUAUUUCCAACAACCAGCUGCAGUCCCUGACACAGGGGGUCUUUGACGGCCUCGUCAGCCUCAGACAGCUCACUGUUCGGAACAACCUUUGGCUGUGUGACUGCAGCAUUAACUGGGUCAUACUGUGGUUAAAGUCCCUGCCAACCUCCCUCAACGUGCGCGGCUUCAUGUGCCAGAAACCUGAGAGGGUCCGUGGCAUGGUAAUCAGAGAGCUGAACACUGAGCUGAUCCAGUGCCCUCACAGCACCACAACUGCCCCUCCGCCCAUCAACCUGCCCCCCACCUCACCAGGCCUGACCUCCCGCUCCCCUCCCUCCUUGACAAACUCCCCAUCAGAUAUGCACUCCCUCUCUCCCCCUCCAAGCUCCCCUCCUCACCCACACAUCACCCCCCUCUCUUCUCCUCUUCCCCUCCGAGACGGGGAACAGAGGACUAACCUGCCACCCCUGGACCCAGAGCGGGAGAACCUGCAAAUCAAGUUCACCAUACUCAACGGUUCAGCCAUCCACGUCAGCUGGGUGGCCUCCUUCCCUGUCACAGCCUACAAGGUCACCUGGGCCAAGAUGGGUCCCAGCCUGUCUGGAGACACGGUCCGGGAUAGGAUGGUGGGAGGGGAGCACCGGGGCAUACGGUUGGCCAACCUCGAGCCUAAAUCCACCUACCGAAUCUGUGUCAUCCCCUUAGACGUGUUCAAUAACUACCGGCCCAAGGAUGAUACAGUGUGUUCAGAGGCUGUGACUAAGCCGGUCUCCUAUGGUCCAGAUAAUAAUAAAGGUCCGUUGUGGCCGGAGCAGGCCACCCAGCAGGACCCCAGCUCUCCCUUCCUCCUGGCUGGCCUCAUUGGAGGCGCUGUGAUUGUUGUCCUGGUGCUUCUCCUCAGCAUAUUCUGCUGGCACAUGCACAAGAAGGACCGGUCGUCCUCGACCAAUUGGAAAUACAACAAGGGCAGGAGAAAAGAUGACUAUGGAGAGGCAGGAACCAAAAAGGAUAACUCUAUACUGGAAAUGACUGAGACCAGCUUCCAGAUAGUGUCCCUGAACAACGAGCAGCUCCUGAAGGGAGACUACCGCAUACAGCCCAUGUAUACCCCUAAUGGGGGCAUAGGCUUCAGAGACUUCCCUGUGGGGAACAAUAGCACAGUAUAUUGCAAGAACAAUGUUCAAGCAGACACAGACUUUUGCCGUGCAUGAUGGUUUUGCACAACAGAGUGUUAUAGAACCCCCUUUGUAUUAACACAUACACUUAACUACAUACAGUACCCUGUACAGUAUAUAUUUCAUAGACCCCUGUGUCUACAAUGUAAUUUAUACACCAGCUGGACUAUAAUGUUGAAUUCAGCUACCUUUUAUAUUCCCUUAGUUAAAAUGCUAAUUGAUUUAUAAGUUAUUGGUUUCUUGAAGUUGUGUUACUCAGUUCUGUGCAGACAGAUUUGUCCAAUCAGAGUUCUCUCAUCAUUUUAUAUAAAGUUUGGUUCUGAUUUGAGCUCCAUAACCGCUGGGCCAUUUUAUAUUCAGUUUGGUUCUGAUUUGAGCUCCAUAACCGCUGGGCCAUUUUAUAUUCAGUUUGGUUCUGAUUUGAGCUCCAUAACCACUGGGCCAUUUUAUAUUCAGUUUGGUUCUGAUUUGAGCUCCAUAACCACUGGGCCAUUUUGAAAUCGUGUGAUAGCCAGACAGUGUACUCAUUGCUAAAAAAUUUGCUAAAACCUAACAAGCACAGUGUCCAUAACAGAUAUGGCUAUCCCAUGUUUUGGCAAUGGGAAUUGAAAUAAUUGGGGGUUAUGUAAAUUAGACUUGCUGUGUCAACUCAAUGUGACAGAGAGAACCAAUAUAAAACCAGCCAUUCAGGAAAUUAUAUUUGGAGAGAAAUCUUUUCUCACGGUAAGGAUUUGAGAGAGAGAGGAUGAGAGGGACAGAGGGAAGGAGGGAGGGAGAGAGAGAGAGAGAGAGAGAGACAGAGAGACAGAGAGCGAGAGAGUGCUUUCAAAUGUACCACAAGAGGGCAGAGUUUUUCAUUAUGGUCAAUUAGUCAUUACAUUCAUUUCUUGGACAUUGCUUAGUACUGAACAGAGAUUCUACCGAUGUCGUCCUGCUGCAGUGACUGACAUCUCUCUCUUCUUCACAUAUCACAACAACAACAAAAAACAGAGAGAUCUGUUGGUCUAAAAGCUGCAUGGACUCCUUGGUUUGGAGUGCUGAUCUAGGAUCAGUUUAGCAUUUUAGAUCAUAUUGAAUAAGAAUUCAAUGGACAGGAGGGACCUGAUUCUAGUUCACCUCUCCUACUCUGGAAUGCUUUACGAAUACAAGCCCUGAUCCAAGUAUUUCUCUCAAUAACAACCCACUCCUAUAUUAUUGGCCACUGGUCACUUACCACAACUUGGAUAUAGAGUUUAUGAAAUGGUAGUGGUAAUCAAGCUUUGUUGAACCUUUUGAUUGUUUCCAAAGCUGUUGAAAGAUUUUUUUUUAAUGGACUUGACUCAUGCACAAGUCAUACGUUUCCGUCUUACGCUUUCCUUUAAGUAGAAUUACAGCGUAAGGAAACUGUACUGUUUGUUAUAGUUGAGAAUGAAAGAUGGGUGUUAAACACAUAGCAGAGUUAACUGGAACAAGCAUGUCUGUCCAGAAAGAUGGAAAGCAACUAUUUCAGUUUUUGUUCAACAAAAAAUGAUGUUAUGGUAUUACAUUAUAUGUGCCUUGAAAUGAUCCGCUCAUAAUGUAAUGUCUUUUGAAUCCAUGUUUUUGCACAAACGUGUACUGUACUGUAUAUACAUACAAUUGACAUUGAAUUGUUGUUGAAAAAAACUA